AUGCAGGAACGCGGCAUUGUCCUGGCUUUCCAGACUGCUGGAUUCAAAGGCUAUGACACCAAAUUCUCCCCCUUCUACGACAACAAGUUGGCCGUCGCCGCCUCUUCAAACUAUGGCCUUGUUGGCAACGGCCGUGGCUACAUUCUCAACCUGACCGACAAUGGUAUCGUUUGUCAGCAGUCGUUCACCACCGCCGAUGCCCUGUAUGCGAUCACCUGGUCUGAGCAGAACGAGGCACACGUUAUCGCCGCUUGUGGAGAUGGAACUAUUAAGGUGUUCGAUAUCAACGAGCCCUCCGGCGACGCCAUCAUGAACUACAAGGAGCACUCCCGUGAAGUCUACUCCGUCGCUUUCAACCUGGUCUCUAAGGAUAACUUUGUCUCAUCUUCGUGGGACGGAACGAUCAAGCUCUGGUCCCCAACCCGAACUUUCUCGCAACUUACUCUUCCUACCCACAGCUGUACUUACAGCGUAGCCUUCUCUCCUCACUCUCCCUCCAUUAUCUCGGCCGUCUCCUCCGACUCGCACCUCCGAGUUUUCGAUAUCCGUACACCAACCUCUGCGUCUAACCACCUGUGUCAGCUGAUCCCCGUCCACGGCUACGCGCCCCGAUAUGGUCAAGGUCCCGCACGUAUCCCGAACGCUCUUCCAAACGAAGUCCUCACCCACGACUGGAACAAGUAUCGCCAGAACGUCGUCGCGACUGCGGGCGUCGACCAGAUCAUCCGCGUCAUCGAUCUCCGCAAUCCCAAAGCAGGUCCGAUCGCUGUGCUGGGCGGCCACGAGUAUGCGAUCCGCAAGCUGGCAUGGUCCCCUCACUUCUCCGACGUCCUCCUCUCGGGCUCGUACGACAUGAGUGCGCGCGUCUGGACCGACGGUAGCGCCACGGGCGCGAAUCCCAUGAAUAGCGUCGGCCCGGCUCGUGAAAUCGGCAAGAUGGAUCUCCACACCGAGUUUGUCACGGGGGUCGAUUGGUGCAUCCAUGGAGUGCCGGGCUGGGUCGCUACCACCGGCUGGGAUGAGCGUGUCGCCGUUUGGGAUGCCAGCUCGCCUCAGUUUUGCCAUGGCUAG